AUGGGGAUAAAAAAUAGUACUCAAAGAAAAAAAACCCUCAGAGUGAAUUACUUGCAACAAAUAGCAAAAGUAUUUUCUCAAACCGAGAAGCAACAACACGACAGUGCCGCUUGCUCCUUUUGCAGCUCGUGUCACCCUAGCAUUGAUGAGUUAAGCGAGAGCCUGACGUUAUCGAAGAUGGUGCGGUGCUUAAGAGACACUAAGUGUUCGCAGUUACGACUGCAACUUUCAAGUGCCCUUUUUGCAAUCUCAGCCUUAUCAGAGCAGCAUAGAGUAUUGGUCGCUCAGUCUGGCGCCUUACCAUGCCUUGUGCGUAUAUUAUAUUGUGAUGAUUUAAAAACAUGCGAAAUGGCAGCUUGGGCUUUGGCCACUAUUAUCAAAAAUAGUCCUCGCGAAAGCGAUUUGGUCGCUGCAUACGGGGCCACGCUACCGUUGGCGACCCUGAUGUGCAAUCCUAGAGCUGAAAUACAGAGAGCAGCUCUUGAGGUGUUACAGCAAUUAUCGCUCGGUUCAUCUUACCGUAUUGGUUUGCUUCUUAAAAAUAACAUAUUACCUAAUAUCCGGGUUGUGUUGUUUCAACCGCGAAGCGAUCCAGAUGUGCUUAUCCGCACCUUCAUUCUUCUCUGUUACAUUAUUCAAGAGGGUAAUCGAUCGCAAAAAUUGGAAGUAAUAAAUGCUGAUUUUCUCCCUGCUUUAAUUGAUGGUUUAUGCCGGAGCGAAGCUCACGUGAAAAGGGUAGCCGCUGACACCAUUUUUGAACUCCUUUCAGCAGCUCUUCCUUUUGUACCAUGUUCAACGAAAAGAAUUGCUCAUGUUUUGAUUCUCCUCUGUGAUCAUCUAGCCACCGAAGAGUUAUGGGUCUUGCAAAUUAUUUAUGAUGUGCUCGUCUUGUUGGAAAAAUAUGCCAUCGAUAUGAGAUAUGUUGUUAGAUAUUGUGAUGGAUUCAAAAAACUCGAGGAAAUGCAAAGAAGCGCGAAUAAGGAGAUCUCUAUAGUGGCCAUUGAGAUUGUCGAGCUUUGUAAUUCAAACUUAAUCUGA